AUGUCCGCACCCAUCAACAUCCCACGUCACACGGUAGGCACCGUCUACACUGACGUCUCGCCCUACGAAGAAGUCGUCCGACCGGACCCUACGCUUCCUCGCGGGUAUGUUCACCCGUCCGUGCUCGCUCACCUAAUGCGUGAAGACGAGGUGAGCACCGAUCGCGUCUACCGUCGUGCAUCGUGCGUCCUCGGCAGCCUGCACUGCGUCCAGCGGGGCAGCUUCGAGGACGAACAUGGACGCUGCACGAUCUUCACGUGCCGCGACAGCUCACUCGCCCUCCAGAACCCGGACGAGCUCGGCACAGGCAUCGCACAAGGUGACGCAACCGUCUACUUUCGGCAGGGCGAUCGUCGUCCAUCUGAUCGCUUCCUAACGUCCACCGUCUACGCUCGGGACUCUUCGCCACGCUCUCUGCGCGGGGCUGGCUACACCGACCACCUGGAGCCUCGCCCUCCUCGACCGACUCCCUACUCCCAGCCCAACCUCCCUCCUACGCCAGUCACGCCGCGCAACCACGGACGACGCAACCAUGCGCGUCGCGCGGCGCAGUCAAUGGUUGCGCCGCGCACCACAACUACCAUGCACGCUCCGCACGCGAUCGGUGUCGGAGCACCCCCGUACCACACCAGCGCCUUCGACCGAUACGCCUACCAGCCGUCAACAUUCCCGACCCCUUAUAGCUCCACCAUCCCGGAACGAACGACAGACCCGCGUAUUGCUCUCGCCGAGCGCCGUGCACGCCAAGAUCAACUGACCGCCCGGCCUCAACAGCCGUGGUCGUCGUAUGUACCUCCACUCCCCUCCCUGACGCGGAUGUACCCCUACCACGACGACGUGGCAGUACUGCGUGCUGCGGCUGUCGGCAGCGCUGCUGGCUGCGCGGCUGUCACCUCUUCGUCAACCCUGCCGCACACGUCGCCUGGCCCGGCGGCACCGGCCCCGUCGUCUGCGUCCUCUGCCCUUGCUCGAUCAACCUCACCUCGUCUACAGUACCCGCCGAGCCGCGCGGCCAGCCCGUCCACUCCCGCAACAUCGCCUCCCCCUCUGCAAUCACCAUCGCCACUAACUCUACCCUCGGCGCUGCAGCCCAUCAAGGCGAUCAAGGAUGUUACAAUGGAGGAAGACGGCUUCGAGUUUCUGGACCCGGCCGAGACGAAAGCCAAGGCCAGGGAGCUUGCAAGGGAGGAAGGUGAGCACUCGCCGACCCCUGAAGAACGCGCACGCUGGGCACGCGCCGACGAACUCGACUCGGACACAAUCGUCAUCGACGCCGAGGACCUCCCGAACGCGACGCUUCGGAAGGGGAAAUCGACGACCUCGUCGCCGCAACCCGACAGCAAGCCGGCCCAGACAUUCCGCGAGCUCCUAGCCAAAGUCUCCGAGGAGUACGAGCCUCACAACGAGGCAGACUCGUCUUACGAGACGGACGAUGCAAUGACGUCCAAGGUACGCCGCUAUCCCGACAUGGAGAUCCUCCUCCAUAAACUAACGGAUGCGACCACCUCUGCCACACACCCCAUGGAUCGAUAUACCAUCGACAUCGUUCGCAUCGCGCUCGUUAAGGCCUACCGCGCGCAGACAGCGAAAAGGACGGGCAAGAAAACAUCCAAGAAGCACAACCGCUGCGCCCGCAAACCGUCCGAAGAUUCCUUUCGGACCAACCAUCUUCUGCACGAGAAGGAACGCGAGGGCUUCGGUGAGCUCCGAGCCUUCUUCUCGGGCCGACGCACCACUGACCCUCAGCGCCAAAUCGACGACACCGACACCGUCCUCGCGCUCAUCGACGUCGCACUCGCCUUCGACCCGACUCAUGAAUAUGCGCUUGUCCUGCGCUCGCUGUGCAUGCGCGGCGACUUCGGCGGCCCAGGCGAGUACCCGGGACACUAA